AUGAGCUCUGGUGGUCUUACUCAACUUACUAGCCAGGAGAACACAUCUACUCAAGGAAGUGUGGCUGGUCCUUGUGUAAAGUCUGGCCAAAGGGUUGUGCUGGGUGUUUUGACUGAAAAUGAUCACCAUGGAAGAAAUAACCAGGGUGUUCCAGCUAAACAUGGCUCAGCAUGGCACAAUGUGUCUGCCCAAGGAAAUGAUGCCCCAUCUCAGCCCUCUUCUGCUUUUGGUGUCCGGGUGGUUGAACCAGUUGAGAUGCAAGCUACUAAACCUAAACAAGAGCAGUUGGCUGUUUCUCUUCCUAUCUCAGAGCUUCAGAUUUUGACUGCUGUUAAUGAUUUAACCUCAGGAUCAAAUUUGGAUGCUUCAAUGCAGUCCCUGCCAGAUGAGGAUCCAGUCACUUCUGAAGAUAUUUUGUCUGCUGUGGAGUAUGCAGAUGAUAUCCAUCUUCACUUGCGGGACAGUGAAUUGAGAUGUAGGCCAAAGCCUGGUUACAUGAGCAAGCAGUCUGACCUCACCAACUACAUGAGGGUCAUCCUUGUUGACUGGUUGGUUGAAGUUGCUGAAGAAUACAAGCUAUGUUCAGAGACUGUCUGUCUGGCAGUGAAUUACUUGGACCGCUUCCUUUCCUACAUGUCUGUUCUCAGAGGGAAACUGCAGCUUGUAGGGACUGCUGCGAUCCUUUUGGCUGCGAAAUAUGAAGAAAUUUAUCCUCCAGAGGUGGAUGAAUUUGUCUACAUCACAGAUGACUCCUACACCAAAAAGCAGCUCCUGCGUAUGGAGCACCUUAUGCUCAAAGUGUUGUCCUUUGACAUGGCUGCACCAACAAGUCACCAGUUCUUGAUGCAGUACAUUUUGGAGGGCACUGUCUGUGUUAAAACAGCAAAUCUUGCUUUGUAUGUUUCAGAACUGGGCUUACUUGAAGUGGACCCUUCUCUGCAGUAUCUUCCUUCAGUGAUUGCUGCUGCAGCUUACUGUCUGGCCAACUACACACUCAACAGAGCCUUCUGGCCUGAUUCUCUGCAUGCCUUUACUGGUUACACACUGGUAGAGAUCAUGCCAUGUCUGAUUCGGCUCCAUCAGCUCCACUUGGCUGCAAAAUGUCGGCCCCAGAAGGCCAUCUAUGAGAAGUACAGGAGCACAAAAUACUGCAGUGCAUCUCUGAUUAAACCAGUGGAGACUUUGCCACUGCACUGAUGCCCAGUGAAUCCAUGAAGACCA